AUGAGAUUUAAAGAACGAAGAAGUUAUCACUCUAUUAAGAAGCAAGGUGAAAGUGCACCAGCUGACGAGCAAACAGCAGCCGAUUUUCCUAAAGCAUUGGCUAAGAUCAUCGAAGAAAACGGGUUUCUUUCUGAACAGAUUUUUAACGUUGACGAAACUGGAUUAUACUGGAAAAAAUUGACAGACCGUUCUUUCAUUUCCAAAAAGGAAAAAUCACUUCCUGGCCGCAACGUCUCAAAAGAAAGUGUAACCGUUAUGUUAGGAGAUCUAUCUAUCUAUCUAUCUAUCUAUCUAUCUAUCUAUCUAUCUAUCUAUCUAUCUAUCUAUCUCAGUCUGUUCAUAUCUAUCUAUCUAUCUAUCUAUCUAUCUAUCUAUCUAUCUAUCUAUCUAUCUCAGCCAACAGUUAAUAUCUAUCUAUUUAUCUAUCCCAGUUUAUUCUUAUCUAUCUAUCUAUCUAUCUAUCUAUCUAUCUAUCUAUCUAUCUAUCUCUUUCAGCCAGUUAAUAUCUAUUUGCCUAUCUUUUUCAGCUCACAGUUAAUAUCUAUCUAUAUAUCUAUCUGUUUUCCGUUUGUUAUGAUUCUUAUGUUUCAAGGGAACUAA